AUGUUUAAGGUGAUGAUUCUCGGUUGGAGAAAAAUAGGAAAGACGAUAAAGUUAAUGGACAGCGAGGGGAAUGGCCUGGCUGUAGUCGAAGUUAAAGGAGUCCACUUACCGCUGUUUCCUCUUGUAGAAAGUAACAUUAACAAUUAUGACAAGUUUCACGCUCGUGGGGAUGAUGUCUGGAUAGUGAACUGGCCUAAAUCAGGAACACAUUGGGUGUAUGAAGUGGUCAGACUGCUCAUGACGGGACGGGAAGAACUCACUGACAGCAUAAAAGAAGGCACCAUGUUCCCGGAGGCGUGCGCUGUGGAGUCCCUGGAAAAACUGCCGUCGCCGAGGAUUUUAGAUACACACGUGCCGCUGAAGCUGUUUCCAGAAGAAGCAUUGAAGAAAUCUAAGAUUAUCUACACACUACGGAAUCCAAAGGACGCCUUCGUGUCUGGAUAUCAUCAUAGGAAAAACCUCAAAGGCGGAACAUCAUAUUGUGGAACUUGGAAUGGGUACUUUGACUUAACCAUAGACGAAAACGCAUGUGUGUACGGAUCUUGGUUCGACCAUGUUGCGGAUUGGAUGGAAGUUUUAGAAAAUACCCCAAUGCUUUGCAGCGGGUAUGGCAAACCUGAAGAAAGAGGUAUUGUUGGUGACUGGAAGAACCAUUUCACUGUAGCGCAAAACAAAAAAUCUAACGCCAUCUUCAACGAGAAGCGAAAUAAACUUAGAGUGAGCGUUGACUUUGAGCUCUGA